ACGCAAAAUGGGAAACUUCCACGUGGCCUUCUCCAACCUCAUUCCUUUUCAAUUUUCACUCCAUUGGCCAGCUCCUCCCAUGUUAAAAUCUUUCCGUAUUUGUCACACGCCCCAUAACCCUCCUUUCUAUUUAAACUCUUCACCCCUUCCUGCUUAAUUUGCUCCACCCCAAAUUCCCCAAACUCCAAAACCCAAAUGGCUUCUUCCCCGGAUGACAUCCACCAGCCUCUGCUACAAUCCUAUCCACCACCUCCCACCCUAACCACAAAACAUGAUGAUCUUCCUGAUCUUCAUCUUCAUCAUGACCUCCACUCAAGCAACGAGCUUGAAAGAGUGCUUUCUGACACAGACAGGCCAUUUUUGGAGCGUCUCAAACCGGCUCUAUGGAUUGAGUCCAAGCUCCUUUUCUACCUCGCAUCUCCGGCCGUCAUCGUUUACAUGAUCAACUAUGUCAUGGCCAUGUCCACCCAAAUUUUCGCAGGCCACCUUGGUAAUCUUGAGCUGGCUGCCGCCUCCCUCGGCAACAAUGGCAUCCAAGUUUUCGCCUAUGGAGUCAUGUUGGGCAUGGGGAGCGCGGUGGAGACGCUUUGUGGGCAAGCCUACGGUGCCCACAAGUAUGAAAUGCUAGGGAUAUAUCUACAAAGGUCAACCGUACUCUUAACUUUGACUGGUGUGCUCCUCACCAUCGUCUACAUCUUCUCCAGACCAAUCUUGAUCCUUCUAGGUCAAUCUCCAAGCAUUGCAUCUGCGGCGGCAAUCUACGUGUACGGCUUGAUCCCUCAAAUUUUUGCCUAUGCUAUCAACUUCCCAAUCCAAAAGUUUCUGCAAGCUCAAAGCAUAGUGGCCCCAAGCGCCUAUAUCUCUGCAUCAACCCUAGUUUUGCACCUUGUGCUCAGCUGGGUUGUGGUGUACAAGAUGGGGCUUGGGUUGCUGGGUGCUGCAUUGGUGCUCAGCCUGUCAUGGUGGAUCACUGUGUUGGCGCAGUUUGUGUACAUUGUCAAGAGUGAGAGGUGCAAGAACACAUGGAGUGGGUUUAGUUGGCAGGCCUUUAGUGGGUUGCUAGGGUUUUUCAAAUUAUCUGUGGCUUCUGCGGUGAUGCUUUGCCUUGAAACUUGGUACUUUCAGAUUCUUGUUUUGCUUGCUGGGUUGCUGCCAAACCCUGAGUUGGCUUUGGACUCUCUCUCAAUCUGCACAACAAUAUCUGGUUGGGUCUUCAUGAUCUCAGUUGGGUUAAAUGCAGCUGCAAGUGUGAGAGUGAGCAAUGAGCUUGGAGCUGGAAAUCCCAAGUCCACAGCAUUUUCUGUGGUGGUGGUGACAACAGUCUCUUUCCUCAUCUCAAUUGUGGCAGCAAUAAUUGUUCUUAUAUGGCGGGAUACCAUAAGCUAUGCCUUCACAGAGGGUGAAGCUGUGGCUGCUGCUGUAUCUGAUCUCUGCCCAUUUCUUGCCCUCACCCUCCUCCUUAAUGGCAUCCAGCCAGUAUUGUCUGGUGUUGCUGUUGGGUGUGGAUGGCAAGCUUUUGUUGCGUAUGUGAAUGUGGGGUGUUAUUACUUGGUUGGAGUACCAUUUGGUGCGCUUCUAGGAUUUUACUUCAAAUGUGGUGCUAAGGGAAUAUGGUUGGGGAUGAUGGCUGGCACCUUGAUGCAAACAAUAAUUCUGAUAUGGGUGACCUAUCGGACCGAUUGGAAGAAAGAGGUGGUAGAAGCAGCUAAAAGGUUGAAUAAGUGGGGGGAGGUGAAGGAGACACUCAAGUAAGAAAGCAGUUAUGGACAGCAACUUGAGCAUUUUUUUUGUGGUGGUGGUAACUCAUUUGGGGUUGACCUCUUGUGUGGUCAGAUUGGAAAUUAGUUAAAAAAAUGUAUUGCACAAGAGUUUUAAAUUAGUUUAUUAUCUUCCAUGAAACAAUGCAGGGCCAUCAAUCACUGCUCUUUCCCAUAGCUUUCCACGCAUCUUUCUCGCAUAUUUGUAUAUAAAAUCUACCAGUCUGCCUACCUUU